UAUUGUGUGAGCUGUGAUUGGUCACAGCUUGUCACAUGGUACAAGCCUGUUGUGAAUAGCCUUGUACCAUGUGACCUCUGUGAUCAUUCACAGAUUUCACACGUAGUAAGCAAUGAGGUCAGAAGUGACAUCUUGCUUACUACUCUGCAUGUGAUCACUGAUUGGCCAAUCAAGGGGCAAUUACUCUUGGCGACCUCACCUGUCGAUCACUGGGUCCCGGCCGGUGAUUCCCUGCCGCCACCCUGCGAUCGCCGUGUAUCACCGACUCGGGAGAGACCUGUAUAUAAACAAUACAGAUCUCUCCGCUGUCAUCUCAUGCACACUGCUUUG